AUGGCUUCCCAGGGCAAUAUGCACAAUUUUACCACUCUGAUCAAAAGUAGACUCGAAGCCGCUACUUCACGGCUUGAGGAUAUUGCCACUUCUAUAGACGGCCCUGGAGUGACUACUAAUGGAGUGGCGGCGGCGGCGGCGGCGACUCCAACCAUUCUCGCUCAAACCCCUGAACAGGCUGCUCCUCCUCCAGAGCCUUUACCCAGGUCCGUGGAAGCCUUCGACCAGAUCAUUGAGGAAGAUAUCGUGGCUUUCACAGAAGCUAGUGGGAAGAUUGGUGGUCUGGUAGAAGAACAGGCCAAAGCCGUCAAAGAAGCAUUCGAGGCCGAACGCACUUAUCUCCUCGUGGCCUCAAAGGCCAGAAAGCCCGAUCCGCAGCCUCCGGAGUUGAUGACAGAGCUACACCGGCAUACCUCGGCCGUGGAUGAAAUCCGAGAAGCCAAUCGUCCCUCUCCCUUCUUCACGCACCUUAGCGCCGUCUCAGAAGGCAUUGUCGCUCUCGGCUGGAUUGUUGAGAAGAGACCGGCAGAGUUUGUAACCGAUACCCUCGGAGGUGCUCAAUAUUAUGGGAACAAGAUCCUGAAAGAGUAUAAGGACAAGGACAAGUCACAUAUCGAAUACAUCCAGGCCUACUACAAGAUAUUCCGGUCACUGGUUGCUUAUGUCAAAGAAUACUUCCCGACUGGUCUCACAUGGAACACCAAAGAUGGAAUCGAUGCUCUCGAGGCUCUGAAUCAAAUACAAGCUGGUGUAGCGACUCCCAAAGCCCCCGGGGUAGGUGUCGGUCCUGCUCCUCCGCCGCCACCACCUCCUUUGCCGAAGUUCGAUGAUGACGGACCGCCUGCUCCUCCUCUACCACCAUCGGGUGGUGCUGCACCGGGUGGAGACAUGUCUGCGGUAUUCAAUCAACUAAAUCAAGGCUCUGCUAUCACUGCGGGAUUGCGAAAAGUCGACAAGUCGGAAAUGACACACAAGAAUCCCUCUCUGAGAGCUAGCUCCACAGUACCGGCACGAUCAGGUUCUCAAACUUCGGUUACAUCUUCUGGACGAGGCAAAUCUCCACUGCCCAACAAGAAACCGGAAAGCAUGAGGUCUAAGAAACCCGGGAGGAAAGAACUUGACGGAAACAAGUGGAUCGUUGAGAACUUUGAAAACACACAAUCCGAAGUCAUUGAGAUUCCAGCCGAGCUCAACCACAGUAUUUUGAUUUCGAAAUGCAACAAAUGCAUCUUGAAGGUCAACGGAAAGGCUAAUGCGAUAUCCAUCGAUAAUUGUACCGGUCUGUCAAUUCUGAUUGAUUCUUUGGUCUCGAGCUUGGACGUCAUCAAAGCGCCCAAGUUUCAAGUUCAAGUUGAUGGUGUGGUGCCGACAAUUCUCCUGGAUCAAGUCGAUGGUGCUCAAAUAUACCUGUCAAAUGAGAGCCUGGGCACUGAAAUUUUCACGAGCAAAUGCAGCGCUAUCAAUGUUGUAUUGCCCCCUAAAGACGACUCGGACGAAGACAGCAAAGAAUUGCCUUUCCCUGAACAAAUAAGGAGUGUGGUCAAGAAUGGAGCCCUGGUGAGCGAGAUUGUGGAACAUGCCGGUUAG